AGCGGUGGUGGCGCGAAUGGCGCAGACUCAGUCUCUCUCUAGUCCUUCAUGAUUUCACACCUUGUCGGCGGAUGAGCCAUUUUCGCCUCCUUUGUUUCCAGAUUCUGCACCCUCGGCUGCCGUGUACCCGCUUGCGUCCCCGCCGAAUCCCACAUCCGGUCUCAGGGCUCUCAACAGGAGAGGCCAAUGGCCCCCGUCGGCGCGUGUGCCCUACUCGGAUAGCCUUGAAAAUGUCCGCAACAACUGCAGUGGCAGCAAAUUUUUCAGUCGCACCUCAUCAUGUCCAUGCUCUCGUCUCGCCACUCUCUGUUGAUCUUCUUAAAAUGAUUAGAUAAAAUGGAAGAAAGCAAUAGUUCCGCGGCAGGACGCACUAGGGGGGCGUUUCGUACGAAUCCCUAUGAGACUUGCCGGCAUUGACCGCUAACAAAAAUCAGCCAAAGCGAAAUAAGUGCAAAAUUAACCGCCCCAUCAUUGCUACGGCCGCGCAACAACUAAACGCAGCUGUGGCUUCAGAUAAGGAAAAAGAGCUGGAACCUCUUCUCCCGAGCGUGACAAUGAACGAGGAGCGGAGAAGAGGGAGCCAGGAUGCGUCGAUCUCGGACAUUGAGGAGGAGAACGAGACUGAGGACACUGAGCAUAUUCCCAUGAACGAUUGUGAGCUGGGGCUGCCGCCGCCGAUCAUAGUGACGGACAACGGCGGCGUCUGCAGCAAGCUGGACGAUGCCGUGCCCAACAACAACCAUCCGGUGGCACGACGACGACCGAGGCCCAACCAUCUGCAUAUCAACAUCACCAACUGCACUUCCAGUGAUCUCUCCUCGCAUGAGUCUCUGCCUUCGCAUAAAGUUGCUGCCAUGACUCCAAUCAGUCUGAGUCCCAGCUGGGCAAAACCGCAUCGUUUGAUCCGCGCCAGAAAAGCCAGCUUAUGCUCUACGCCUGGCUAUGUUACGUUCCGCAAUCCAACUAACCGAAUAUCAUCAAGCACUUAUGCCGAAGAACUCAUUCAUGCCAUCGAAAAUGACGAAUCCUUGAUGGCCGAUUCUCCUGCUUCAGAACAAAUGCGAUUACAAACUGUCCGUGGCAUGGCCGAGGCGAUGGAACUCAGACGGAAUGUGAAAGAAAAGAUUUGCUACAACAUCGGCAUUAGAAACCAAAACUCUCCUUCAGAUCCAACUAAGUGGUUCAAGUACCGAUUAAAGAAAUCAUUUCGCAAAGUCAACUGUGGCACCAGAGAGUUAUUGGGCCACUUUGAGCUGUGGGGCAGCACCAUCAAGUCCAUUGAAGGCAGAUUUGGGACUGGAGUGGCCACAUACUUUAGGUUCCUUAGAAGUUUGUUCCUAAUCAAUCUCUGCGUAUUUAUUAUGAGCUUCUCUUUUUUGGUUUUUCCUCAACUCCUUGACAGGUUCUAUCACUGGAACAACACAACAAUCUCAGCAAACUCUUCAGUUUUGGUUCUUGAGCCAAAAACUUAUCCUUAUGAGGAAAUAAACUCAACUUUCUACAUAGUUGAUCUCGUCACUGGCGGGGGCUGGCUGGCUGAUACUGAGCUAUUUUAUGGAAAGUACAACAGUCACAGUGUCCACAUUAAUGAGGGUGAAUACUACAGCAUACCUGACGCGUAUUUCUUUACCACCGCCGCCUGCUAUUUAUUUACUGUCAUUGUGUUAUCCAUCAAAGUUGCCAAGUCAUACAGAAAGAAUUUUAUUGAGAUGCAAGGGGGUUUCACCAACGUCUACGCUCAACGCAUAUUCUGUGGCUGGGAUUUUGGCAUCACUAACAGCGAGGCUGCGGAGCUCAGGAAGCAAACCCUGUACAAUGAGUUGAGGGAGUUGCUAGAUGAGGAGAACAACGCUGAGAGAAGUGGUGCCAAAACGCUGAUUCAACGAUUGACCCUGAUGGCCUGCAGGGUUGGGGUUACCAUUUUAGUUGGUUCUCUGUUGAUUGGAUCAGGCGUCCUUGUAUGGUUUCUGCUAGCAAGACAAAAAAUGCUAGUUAACCAGGACGUCGGAACCCUGGAGGGUCGUCAGCAGGCAUCAAUGGUGAUGUCUCUUGUUGUUACUGGUGUGAUGUUGAUCCUGCCCAUGAUUUUCUCCCGUCUGUGUGCCAUAGAGCAAUACUCUAAUCCACGCAAUUCAGUGUUUAUAACAUUACUCAGGACCUUCGGUUUGGAAGUGGCUAUUGUUGGUGUUUUGCUGGCAUAUUGGCAAAAGAGCUCAAAGGAAGUUCAAUGCUGGGAAACGUCGCUAGGCCAAGAAACGUACCGUCUCAUUUUGGUGGACUUUUUUAUCGCACUCAUCGGAACGUCCUUUGCUGAAUUUAUCAGAUCUAUAGUCUACCAGUAUGUUUGGAAGGGUAUUGGGGCGCCUGAGUUUGACAUAGCCCGGAAUACGCUCAACCUAAUUUACAAUCAGACACUUUUCUGGGUGGGAUUUUACUACAGCCCAUUGUUAUCCGCCGUGAUAGUUGUCAAAUUGUUCAUCACUUUUUAUGUUAAGCAGGCAUGUGUUUUACACAAUUGUAAACCGCCAUCCAGAUCGUGGCGCGCUGCUCAGAUUCAAACAGUCUUCCUGGCCCUCACCUUCCUUGCAAUUAUUGGGGUACUAUUCACUCUUGGCUACACGAUGACUCGUGUACCUGCAUCCAAAGGCUGUGGGCCAUUCAGGGAAAUUGAGCAUGCCUACUUGAUCAUAAAACACAAGUUGAACAGUAUUGACAAAAACAGUAACUGGUACACAAUAGGAGAGUGGAUUUUCAAGCCCGGAGUGGUUGCUGGCUAUAUCAUUGCGUUGUGUGUUGGUGUUUAUUAUAUGCGCGCCGUCGCUCAUGCCAGAGGUGCCAUGGUGGAGCUUCUGAGAAAUAUGUUGGUGCUGGAGGCCGAAGACAAAAUCUUCCUGCAGAAGAACAUCAGGGAGGCCAAGAGUGGCCGUUGGGAACCUAGUCCGUUAAGUCGUGGAAGGAUUAAGCCUUUACCCAUCUCAUCAACUGCUUCAAAGCAACAAUCAGCCCUUUGAUCAUAAGCUGAGGCGGUAGAAUUUUUAAGGGAAUUUUAGCAAAAUAGGCAAGGAAACAAUUUUAGCAGCUGUAUCAAUUUUUGUUUUUUUAUUUAUUCAUUGCUUUGUUUUUAUUUUGAGAUCAAGACAAAUCGUUGAAGUAUAUGCGUUUUUGGCUUUUAGUUAGCAAAUCACCUGCAAUCCAGAAUAAAGUUUGAUUGUAGCAUGUGGCUUCUCUUUUAUAAUUAUUAGCAAACACAAUACAUUAAAAAUGCAAUCCUUUUUAUUAUAUUCAUUGUCAGCUCAAUCUUAUCCUUUGACAAGUUUUAUCCUCUAGUCUCAAUGAUUAAGUGAGAAGACAUUGUUUUGUAAUAUAGAAAGCUAGAUGACUGACCGAUAAUGUUGAAUAUUCAUCAAAUUUUUCAUAAAUUUUAUAUGAUUUAAAUUAAUAUCAAUACCACAUAUAGUUCUGAACAAUAAGAAUGAAAUGAUGAGUACAAUAAUUUGUAAGCGAAUCGGUGUUCUACUUUUGAUUUCCGCAAAGGGCGAGUAAAGUUAGAGACUUGAUCGAACAAGUUCAGGUGUUGUGACGAAUCGUAUAUGUGUACUCUUUCAUUUUAUUAUUGUGAUCACACUGUCAUAUUUAUCAAAGCGAAUAUGUAACUUAUUUGUCAUUUAUCUGAGUCUCGCACAAAUUGUCAUGAGUAAAUUUGUGCCGUAUAUUGUUUAAAUUGUAAAAUAAUAUUCAUGUUAAGAAAAAGAAAAAGAAUUUCGUUGUGAUACUUUCAUUGAUCAGCUUGGCACAGAUGUAUAGUGCUGCAAUUGUAAUCUGAACAAUAGGGGCACGCAGGUUUUGCCUAAUUUACUACAGCGAAAGAAAACCAUUUUGUUUCAGUAGGAUCAAGUAUUUUUUGAGAAUAAAAUACAAGACAGUGAUAUAAAUAAUACAA